UUCUCUCUUUCUAGCUAUCUCAAAAGAUAACCUCAUCACCAUGGGAAAUUGUACAAGCAACAAAUAUUUGGCAGAGACAAUAGUGCCGAUGAGCGAUGACGACGAAGAAGUGGAGGAGAUGCUGAGAAGGAGGCUAGUUGUCAAAAACGGAGCUCAGAAAUGUUCAGCGAGUACCACGACGGAGUUGAAGAUUAGGAUCACAAAGAGAGAGCUGGAGAAGUUGUUGUGCAAAGUGGAUGUGGAGGAGUUGCCAGUGACGGAGCUGUUAUCCAAGUUAAUCGAUGUUGGCGAUACAUUCGAGAGUACCCAUCAGCGAUCAUGGCGGCCUUCUUUGCAAAGUAUUCCUGAAGUGAAUUGAACAACAUAUAUGUUAAAUAUUGUAAAUAUUGGAUGUAGACAGGGGGAGUAUUUUGAACCUACUUAGGACUAUGAUUGUUUUAAAGAGGUUUGAUAUAUGACCACUUGAGUUGAAUUAUGCUCAGGUUGGGUUGAGAGAUAUAAGUAUAUACGUUUUAGUUUUCUCGAUUUUAUAGUUUUAUAUAAAAAAAAGAAGCGAAAAUCGGAAUUGCCAUAAAAGAAGAUAUAGUCAAAUAAUGUUUUAGCUUGUUAGUUAAGCACAAUUAUAUAUCUGAUAUCAUGAUAUUUGUAAUAAACAAUGUUGUAUUAACAAGAUGAAAAGAGGGGCUAUUUGGAAUAUAGAGUUGGAUAUGAUAAUGUGUGAGUUAAAAUA